AUGGCAGGAAUGGCAGAAUUCAACAAUGUCCAUUCAGUGGCUGAAAUGCCAGAAGGAGACGAUGCUAAACGCAGUUUCCAUCACAGAAUGUUCUUGGAACCCCAAGAGAAGAAGAGGAGCAUGAAGGCUGUGGUGGUUAAGCAAGCAAAGAAAACUUGCAGCUGCACUCCAGCCAAAGUUAAAAACUAUGUUUUCAGUUUCUUUCCUGUCUUGCAGUGGCUUCCUAAAUACAAGCUAAGAGAGUACCUACUGGGAGACGUAAUGUCUGGUGUGAUUGUGGGUGUCUUACUAGUCCCACAGUCAAUUGCCUAUUCUCUCUUGGCUGGGCAGGAGCCUAUUUAUGGCCUUUAUACAUCCUUUUUUGCUAGCAUUAUUUAUUUCAUAUUUGGAACCUCCCGACACAUCUCAGUUGGCAUCUUCGGUGUGAUUUGCCUGAUGGUGGGACAAGUGGUGGAUCGUGAAAUACAGAGAGCUGGCUAUGACUUAGGGCCAGCUGCGCUCAGUGUCCUCACAGAUACAGCAGCGUAUGUAAACACCACCAUUUCGCCUGUGAAUCAGACAUCGCAGAAGCUGCUCUGUGAUAAAAGCUGCUAUGCAAUUACAGUGGGAGCUACCAUGACCUUCAUAGCUGGAGUUUAUCAGGUGGCCAUGGGUUUCUUUCAAGUGGGCUUUGUCUCAGUGUACCUGUCCGAUUCGUUGCUGAGUGGAUUUGUCACGGGUGCUUCCUUUACCAUCGUAACCUCACAAGCCAAGUAUCUCCUGGGCCUAGACAUUCCACGGAGCAGUGGCAUCGGCUCCCUCAUAGCCACAUGGAUAAACAUCUUCAGAAACAUACACAAGACCAACAUCUGUGAUCUCAUCACUAGCUUCUUGUGCUUUCUUGUACUUAUCCCAACCAAAGAGCUUAAUGAACAUUUUAAAUCCAGGCUCAAGGCUCCAAUACCAGUUGAACUAGUCGUGAUUGUGGCAGCUACUCUGGCAUCUCACUUUGGGAAGCUGAGAGAGACUUACGGCUCGAGUGUUGCUGGACACAUCCCAACUGGAUUUCUGCCACCCCGCCCUCCAGACUGGAACCUGAUUCCUAAUGUGGCUUUGGAUGCUAUCCCCAUAGCUAUUAUUGGCUUUGCCAUCACUGUCUCCCUCUCAGAAAUGUUUGCCAAGAAGCAUGGUUACUCUGUGAAGGCCAACCAGGAGAUGUAUGCCAUUGGCUUCUGCAACAUCAUUCCCUCUUUCUUCCAUUGCUUCAUAACAAGCGCAGCUCUUGCCAAGACUCUUGUCAAAGAGUCCACAGGCUGUAGGACACAAAUGUCUGGCAUGGUGACUAGUUUGGUAAUCCUAUUAGUCCUCCUUGUGAUUGCACCUUUAUUUUAUUCCCUUCAGAAAUGUGUCCUUGCUGUCAUAACUAUUGUAAACCUCAGAGGAGCCCUGCGGAAGUUCAAGGACCUGCCAAAAAUGUGGCAUUUGAGCAGAGUGGACACAGUGAUCUGGCUAGUUACUAUGGCAGCCUCAGCAUUCAUCAGUACUGAGAUUGGUCUUUUGGUUGGUGUUUGCUUCUCUAUGCUCUGCGUCAUUUUCCGAACUCAGAGACCAGAGGCACCGCUGCUUGGCUGGGUGGCAGAGUCUGAAACGUAUGAAUCCCUGUCUGCUUACAAGAACUUGCAAACCAAGCCAGGAAUCGUGGUGUUCCGUUUUGAAGCACCCCUCUACUACAUCAACAAAGAGUGCUUUAAAUCCACCCUGUACAAGCAAACUGGGGUCAACCCAGUCUGGGUGAAGGCAGCAAAGAAAAAGGCAGCAAAAAGAAUGCUUAGAGAGAAGGAGGUGGAUUCUGGUGGCAACCAGACCAGCAUCUCCAUGGAUUUUGUCUCUGAACCUCUGGGGUUUCACACAAUAGUGAUUGAUUGUUGUGCAGUACAGUUUCUGGACACGGCAGGAAUACGCACGCUCAAAGAAGUCUGCAAGGACUAUAGGGAGAUAGAUGUCCAGGUGCUACUGGCCCAAUGCAAUCCUUCAGUGAGGAGUUCCCUGAUCCGAGGAGAAUUCUUUAAAGAGGGGGAGGACCACCUUCUCUUCCACAGCGUGCACCAGGCUGUGGACUUCGCGUUGGGUGCACAGGGGCACAGUGGGACCAGUGCUUCUAAGAACUAGUUGUGGAAAGGGAGCAAGCUGGAACAAAGCCUGGGAAAAAAAUGGCUGUGGGUCUGUAUGUCAUGCAAUAUAUAUGCACUCAGAUAAAAAGAGGCAGGGUUGUUUUUAACACAGUGGUUACUAUGCAGUCUGUUUUGAUGCUUUAAAUUUCCCUGCUGGGUAUAGUGAUUCAAUAGGUGGUACUGAAUGAAGGCAAUUCUUAACUUGGUUAUGGCCAAUCUGUGAAUUUAAGAGUUUUCAUAUGGUUUUUCAUCUUAUUUCUCAUCUCUUGAACUUUCCAUGUCUCAGUUCCCUUCUGAGUUUUGAUCAUCAGCACUGAAGUCUUUAAGGUGUUGUAUACAGGAAAAGGUGUUGUAUACAGACAAUGUUCUCAUCCUUAAUCGUUCAAAAAUAAUGAGUUAGGAGUCAAAAAGGAAUAAAAUGCAGUAUGAAUCGUGAAACUUUUCUAAAAAGAAGUAUAUUUUGAGUUUAGGAUUGUUUUCUUUUUCUUCUGAGCUAGGACCAUUAACUAUUCCCUUCUUUCUAUGAAAGCUGAAAUGUCAUGUAUCACUUCACUCUAGGAGCUGGGACCUCAAGAGAAGGACUGGAUAGCAGAAAGAUAAGUCCCAGGGCCUGACAACCUUUAUAUGUUAACUGAACUUAAUACAGUUUUUAGGACAUCAUAGCAGCAUAUAGAAAUACUGGGGGAGGUGGGGGGUGGCUGUAGCAUAUAUUGAAAAGGAGCACAUAACUGAGAUCCGUGCAUUAUGUGUUCUAGAACUGGCAUUGUUAAGGAAACAAGUCUCCAAGUAUCAGAGAGAAAAUGCUAAAGCUUCUGCAGUAUUCAAAAAAGACAAAUAUUGUUCUUUCUCAGCCUUAAGGCAUACAAGGAGAUGAAUCCCAAAUAGGUACUGCUGAAUUUUUUCUUUUCUGCACUAACCUCCUGCAUGAACUUUUUUAUUCUGGGCUAAGAAUCCCUUAUGCAGUUUAGAUAAUUAUAAUUACUGAAUUGGUAUUACCAGAGUGGAUUAGCCUAAGCCGUAUAAAAGCAGUGAGUGGGGUUAACGCCUAUGUAGGGAGCGAGUGCAGGAUGGAAAUUAUGUUUUAAUUCCUCACCAUACGUUGCGUUGAGUUCCCAUUCAGAGCCCUUGUGUUGGUGUCAAGAGAGAGCUGGCACACCCGCGGCAGCUCCCGCAGCUGGGUGCCAGCUUGGGAAGCUUGUCACUGCAGGGGUUU